GGUGACCGCCGGCGAGCCUCUGAAAGUCUCCAGUUUGACUUGGGUCCAGGAGAGACCAUGUCCGCCGUCACAGGCGAGCUGCGUUCACCUUUAGGCUCCUUUCUAAGUCCUUCUCCAUGAUCUAACAGGAAGCAGGGCCUGGAGGAUGGCCGGAGCGGGUGCCGUUCAGGUGAAGCUGGAACUCGGACAUCGCGCCCAGUUCAGAAAGAAACCCACGGCAGAAGGCUUCACCCACGACUGGAUGGUGUUUGUCCGAGGGCCGGAGAACAGCAACAUCCAGCACUUUGUGGAGAAAGUAGUUUUUCACCUGCAUGAAAGCUUCCCAAAGCCAAAAAGAGUAUGCAAGGAUCCUCCUUACAAAGUGGAGGAGUCGGGGUACGCUGGAUUCAUCCUGCCUAUUGAAGUCUACUUCAAAAACAAGGAAGAACCGAAGAAAGUUCGGUUUGAUUACGACCUGUUCCUCCACCUGGAGGGUCACCCACCUGUCAAUCAUCUCCGCUGUGAGAAGCUCACGUUCAACAACCCGACGGAGGAGUUUAGGAGGAAGCUGCUGAAGGCUGGAGGGACGCGGGAUCCUCACAAACGAGGUUCAGAAGAAUCAAAGGUGAUAGUGAUGCAGGAAGGAUCGACGUCUCUGUUCAGUCAGCACCUCAAGCUGCCAACGCUUCCCAACAGCUCCCUGACGUCCUCCUCCUCCGACCCAAAGAAGAGCAAGAGCUUCCACACCUCUAAGGAUUGCUUCAAAGGAGGAAGAACCGACCUCCUAACAACAGCCACAACCACCAACACCAGCAGCUUCUCCAAACUCCACAAACCCUCCAAGGACCACAAAGAAAAGCCUUUAAAAGACUUGACAGAGCCCAAAAGUGCCUUUAGAGACUCUGGCUGGGAAUCCUCAAAACUCCCCAAAGAAUUUUCAAGGAAACCCAAAGAAAAUCAGCCACUCAGAGACAGCAACCCUAAGAUGGGUUUCAAGGAACCCAAGUCUUUGGCCAAGGAUCAUCGAAGCGAGGGUCUGGCCCACGGACCCGUGGGGUUGAACAAGCGUCACUCCACAUUGGAUGGCGAUGACCCGAUGACCAAAAAACGCAGGAAGGGAUACCUUGAACCGUCGGGGAAGCCGACCUCUGGUUCAGACUCUCAUUAUUCUGACAAGAAGAGAUCGCAGACGAGCAAGCCGCGCCACGACCCGGACGAAGCCGAGCGCAGGAAGGCGUCCAGGCUCCCGCCGUUCCAGGAGCUAGUGGACCCCAACGACUCGGACAUGGAGGAUCAGUCCAAAUCCGAUUCUGAACAGCCCAGUCCUGCCAGCUCCAGCUCCAGCUCCGGCUUUACUCCCACACACCACAAACGUCAAGUUCUCGGACCGCUGCAGUCUGUGGUGCAGGACCUGCAGUCUGAGGACAAUGAUGACGACUCGGAGGACGUCGAUGACAAGGACUCCGACACGGAGCGGCCGGCACAGACGCGGCUCCCGCACCACCAGCGCAGGGUGAGUUUAAGUGACGGCAGCGAGAGUGACGGCUCCUCCCCCUCACCCCGCCCCCGCAAAGAGGCUCCGGCGUUAAUAAAGACCACCAGUAACCAGAUUCUGGAGGUGAAGAGCCCCGUCAAACAGAGCAAGCAGGAUAAGAACGAAAACAUCGACUGUGACAAGGCGUAUCUGGAUGAGUUGGUAGAGCUGCACAAGAGGCUGAUGACGCUCAGAGAAGGCCACAUACUGCAGCAGAUCGUGAACCUCAUCGAGGAGACGGGGCACUUCCACAUCACCAACACUACUUUUGACUUUGACCUCUGCUCCUUGGACAGAAGCACGGUUCGGAAGCUGCAGAGUUACCUGGAAACGUCGGGACUGUCCUGAGGUGCGGGGCGGGGCCGUGCUGCUACGACCUUUGACUCCUCCCGAAGGAAACCAGAGGUUUGCGUUCCUCCUCCACUGAGCGCGGCGCGCCGAGCGGCCCCGAGGAGGCCGAGCCCCGUCCAUCAGGAGAUCACCUGGAAGGUCUUGAACCCCGAGCGGAGGAGCGUGAAUGUUCACCAAACGUUUGCUCAGCAUUGCCUUACAACGCUAACGUCUUAUUUAUUGAGUUGAUUUCGGAGACACGUGCGAGUUCAGGACGAGGAUGAGACUGCGGAAGCACUUGGAGGGGCAGGAAUUUCUGACGAGGUCAGGAAACUACCGCUUGUUUCUGCAGCCGAGUCGACUCUGAGAAACUGAGCGAAUCGUCUCUGCAGCUCCGAUCCCCCCCCCCCAGCAGCUCAUUUAAAUCAUUCAAAGUAAAAGUUUUUCAGAAGCUUAUUGAAUUUAUGGCUAAGAAACAAACCAGAAAAAUGUCCAAACAAAUGUUUUUACUUAUGUUAAGUAUAGGAAUCCUCUGCUGCAGCAGGUACUUCUGGAAUAUUCCAUCCUCUGGGUCUGUGUUGAAAUCCUCGUCAUUUAUCGCUCGUUAGAGACUUUCUUCCAUCCAGGAAGUAGGAAGAAAGGGAGGAGAAACUCCCUUCAUGCCGUCUAGACAUCAGCACAGGAAUGGCUGUGAGGAAAAAAAAAACAUUCAUUUUUAUUUAUUUUAAAAGUUUAGCUUUUGUUUUCAAACGGGAUCGUCUUACAUUUGCCUGCUCGAUUAACUGAAGAUGAGGAGGAGGGUCUUUUUUCUCAUCCCGGCGCUCUUUCUUUGGCUUUUCUUCUGUAUUUUUGGGGAAAAAAUAAAUGUUUUGUAUGAUGUGCAGAAAAACAAA